AUGUCGGUGACGGUGAAGGCCUACCUGUUGGGUAAAGAGGAGACGGUGAAGGAGGUCCGGAGGUUCGCGGUGGACCAGGAGGUCUCCUGCUCCUACGAGUACCUGAGCACCAAGACCAUGAGCGUGUUCAACAACCUGAAGAACAUCAACAUGUACUACCGAGAUGAAGAUGAGGACCUGGUGGCGUUUUCCUCUGAUGAUGAGCUGAUGAUGGGUCUGGCCUGUAUGAAGGAUGCCACUUUCCGCCUCUACAUCAAAGAGAAGAAGGAGAACCGUCGAGACUUCCCUAUUCACGCCUUCCCUCCCUUCGCCUUCGGCCACCGUCCUCCUCCUCCUCCAGCUGGAGCUCCUCAGGGCGCGCCCCCUCACCCGCCCCCGCCCCCACUGCACCGCGACGUCACCUGUGACGGCUGCGAGGGUCCCGUGGUGGGAACUCGCUUCAAGUGUUCGGUGUGUCCCAACUACGACCUGUGCUCCACCUGCCAGGCUCGAGGGACGCACACCGAGCACGCUCUGCUGCCCAUCUGGCACCCGCUGCAGUGGUUUCCUCAAGGGAAGUGGAUGAAAAGGAUGAGACACUGCAUGUGGAACCAGAACCAGAACCAGACCCAUGCUCAGGACCAGGAACAGGACCAGGACCAGGAUCAGGACCAGCCCGGACCCUCCAGACCUGCUGCUGACUGCAGCGCUCCCUCUGCCUCACAGGCCAAUGUGGACUUCCUGAAGAACAUAGGGGAGGGCGUGGCGGCCAUGUUGAGCCCACUGGGUAUCGACGUGGACAUCGACGUGGAGCACGAGGGACAGAGGUCGAAAGUGACUCCUCCCCCUCAGAGUGUGGUCCCUCCCCCUCAGAGUGGGACUCCUCCACCUCAGAGUGGGGGGGUGGUGGAAGCAGAUGCAAGCGUGGCAAGUAGCGAGGGCGGGGCCAACAGUGACGGGUCAGAGGUGCGCAGAGACUCUGAAGAGGAGUGGACUCACCUGAACCCCAAAGAGGUGGACCCCUCCACAGGAGAGCUGCAGUCCCUCCAGCCCCAGGACCAGGACCAAGACCAGGACCAGGACCAGGGUCCCCCGCUAGGACAGCAGGGUCCAACAGGUCUGAGGGAGGCGGCGCUGUACCCUCACCUGCCUCAGGAGGCGGACCCUCGCCUGGUGGAGUCUCUGUCCCUCAUGCUGUCCAUGGGUUUCACCGAUGAAGGCGGCUGGUUGACUCGUCUCCUUCAGGCCAAAAACUUCGACAUCGGCGCUGCGCUCGACGCCAUCCAGUACGCCAAACAGCCGCGCCCAAACAAGCCCUGAUGAUGUCAUCGUGAUGUCACCGCUGACCUCAUCAGCUACACUAAACCAAUCACAUCUAACCAGGAGAUGAUUUCUACCACAGUCAGAUGUUCCUGUUGUUUCCUUUAAUCUGACUUUAUAAGUACUGUUCUUAUGAUUAAUCAAUACUUUAACUCAUCAAUCAAUACGUUGUCUCAUUGAUUAACUCUUUCUACUGCUUUAUUAUUUUAACUGUCCAACAUUGUGUUCCUGUUAUUUCCUGUAAUCUGACUUUAUGAGUACUGUUCUUAUGACUAAUCAAUACUUAAACUCAUCGAUAAAUACGUUGUCUCAUUGAUUAACUCUUUCUACUGCUUUAUUAUUUUAAUGUUGCUGUUCUGUGUUAAUCUCAACAAUAAAACACAU